AUGUUGUUGGACUCAUCUUCAAGUGGAGCUUUCGUAUCAUCCUCACCGGCGAAUGCCGAGGCAUUGAUAGAAAGGAUUUCGUCAAAUAUAUCCUUUUGGUAUAACAAGAGAGACUCAAGGCUGGAGAUGUAUGAGGUAAAAGGGAGUGUGGCCCAUGUGGCGAAAUUCGAAGCAACGACCCAAGAAAUCAAGAAGUUGCAAGCGGUUGUUGAUAAAUUGGAAGCUAAAUCUCAACCUUGCAUGGCUCUAGCCUUAUAUUGCAACAUAUGCGGAGGUCCUCACGAUACCAACAUUCGCAAAUCUACAAUUCAAAUUGAGGAGGUGGAAGCGGCAAACUAUCCACCACCGCAAAGGCCGAAUGGAUUGGGAAGUGAGAAUGCAAAUUGGAAGCAAGGAAGUGGUUGGCAAAACCAAGGUUAUCAAGGGAGAACGCAAGGAAAGAAUGCUUAUGGCACAGGAAUGGAGAGAAGAAUUACUUAUGGUCCUAACUAUAAUCAAGGACAAUCCAAUACUCUCUACCGAUCCCCAGGAAAUUCCCAAGGCGAAAUGGUAAUGCAAAAGUGUGAGGCAAAAGAUAUAGAAGAAAGACUAUCUAAGGCCAUCAAUGACUUAAAACGAGAUCAAGGAUUUUUGAGGCAAGAAAUCACUCAAGAAAUAAGGCAAGAGAUAGCCUCGGUGAAACAAGAGUACACUCUUUCGUUGAAGAACAUUGAAACUCAAAUGUCUCAAAUGUUCUGGUUAAUGUCCGAAAGACCAUGGGGAACACUACCAAGUAAUACCGAGAACAAUCCUAAGGAAAGAGUGAAUGACGUGUCCUUAAUGAGGCCAAAAGAAGAAGAGAGAAAAGAUGCAAUGGAAAAGGUUUGUGAAGGAGACAAAACCUACACCGUGAAGGUCAAAGAACAAGAGAUUACCUCUUGGGAUCUCUUGAGAAAGGAAGAAGGAAAGGAAGUUGAGAAAGAAGCCACACCACCACAAGGCAAGGCUCAAGCACCUCGAAAAGACUUUGAUAGCGAUGAGGAGGAGGUUUUACCUCAAAUCAAUCUUGGUGAAGUGGCAUCGGUUAUUCUUCACAAGGGAUGCCCUAAGAAACAAGGUGAUCCCGGUGCUUUCUUUGUGAAUUGUGUUAUAGGAGAUUGUAUUUUUAAGGAUGCGCUCAAGUUGCUUUGUAUAGCUCCCACACCACUUGUAGUUCGGUUAGCCGACGGGACUACCCGGAACCCCCGAGGUGUGGUUGAGAAAGUGCUUGUCAAAAUUGGAAGAAAUUUUGUGCCGGUUGAUUUUAUAGUCCUAGAUGUAGGAAAGGAUAUAGAGGUGCCAUUGAUUUUAGGAAGACCGUUCUUGGCUACUUGUCGUGCCCUAAUUGAUGUAGGGACGGGCAAGCUCAUCAUUAGAAUCAAUGAUGAUGAAGUUGAUGAGAGCCAAAAGGAGAAAAAAGAAGAUGUUUGCUCGGUGAUCACGAAAAGAGCCAAGAAGAAAAUCAAGCCUUGGUGGGAAAUUGGAAAAGUGUCUUGGGUACCUAAGUGCCUAAAUGUCAAUGACUUUGAAGAGGGUUAG